AUGCCGCCGUGGUCCUCGGCUGUGCAUGGCGCGCUUGAGCCUAAUACGGCCUACUCGCUCGAGCGCAUUCAUGCUGCAAGCCUUGCACUGUACAACUGCGUCGGCGAGCACAUGGAGCGGCAAGUCCCGCCUUCUGCUGAUGAGCUGUACAGCCUGAUGCCAAUUGCCUCUGAAAUUAACCAAGAGCUGCGCUCGCUCCUGGCGCUGCAUGAAGGCCGUUCUGGCCGCGAUCCUGCCGAAGGCGCACCCUACUACCCCUGGAGUUCCGGAAGCAACCCCGCACACCCCUACUGGAUCCCCGGCGGACGUGACGACCGCGACGGAAAAGGCAUGCGUCCCGACGACGGCGACCUCGACGACAAGCACCUGCGCCGUCGCAGCCCCAGCCAGAGCAAGUCGGGCGAUCGCGUGGGCUCGCGCGCAGUGCGUGGCAUGUCGAGCAGUGAAGACCUGGGCACCUAUGCCUCCAAUGUCGCUGGCCAACCGAUGCGGUCCGAGCACAUGUACCUGCACCAGUCGCCGUAUGCCCCCCACGGCCCGGGCAAGGGUAUGCCGUCGGACAGUAUGAAUGCGGGCCAAUACGUCCCCAAGUACCGCAAGCGCAGCCGUGCGCCUGCGCCCGGUGUGUGUCAUGCGUGUGGAAACAGCGACACGCCCGAAUGGCGGCGCGGUCCGGAUGGUGCGCGGACGCUGUGCAAUGCUUGUGGCCUGCACUUUUCCAAGCUCGUGCGCCGCCGUACGCUGGAGUACGCCAAUGCCGGCCCUGGAACGCCGAUUCCGCCUGUGACGAUCGCCGAGCUGCGUGCCUCUACGAAUGUCGGUGCGCCGGGCGGCAUGAGUGUGUCGGGUGCCGAGGACCAUGCAAAUGUCGCGAGGUCGCGCUCUUCGUCCGUGUACAGUAGUACAGCCGCUCCGGUGCAGCGACCUGUUCCUGUGGACCCCGUGGUUGACGUGAGCAGCGCGACGGGCGCUCCUCCGUCUGAGCUGGAGGCGAGCAAGGUGCGCGGUGCCGAGGAGCCCAGGCACGCGCUCGUGGAGCCCGCGAGCGAGGUGCCUGGCAAGCGCCCUGCGACAGAAAGUGAUGCGGCGCAGCCCAGCAAGCAGCCGCGUCCUGCGGCCUAA